AUGCUUCAGCGAAUAUUAUUUAAAAAAGUAUUUCGUCGUUCAACAAAAAGUUAUUGGUUAACUCAAAUCAAGCAAAUGUCAAAUAAUGCAAUAAAGAAUGAGAAUAGUAAUAAUGAAGUAUCAAAUAUAGAUGAAUCUAUGAGAGAUUCUUCUCAUUCUUCAUAUAAUACAGAAGAGGUAUUAUAUUUGCUUAAGGAAGCUACAACAUUCAAAGAUGUAAAUAAUAAUGAUUGGAUGACUACUCCAUAUCCCAAAGGUGUUUCGCUACAUCAAGAAGAAAAAAACACAGAAUAUACUGAUCCAAGUAAUACUAGUGUGUUAUUAUUUCCUGGUCAAGGCACUAUUAAAGUUGGAUCAAUUAAAAAAUAUAUUCACUUUACUGCUGCUAAGGAACUCUUUGAAAUAGCUAAUGAAAUAGUUAAUUAUGAUUUAUUGAAACUUUGUUUAAAUGGUCCACAAGAUAAAUUAAAUAGAACUGAAUUUAAUCAAGCUGCUACAGUCAUUUCAUCCUUAGCUGCAUUAGAAAAAAUUAAAGCAGAAACUCCUAAAGUGUUUGAAACUUGUAUUGCUGCAGCAGGAUAUAGUGUAGGAGAAAUAAGUGCUUUAAUUCUCUCUGGUGCUAUAACUUUUGAAGAUGGAAUUCGAUUAGUAUGGGCUAGAGGAAAAGCUAUGCAAGAAGCUGCAGAUAAAGUACCUCAAGGAAUGGUAUCUAUAACUUGUUUACCAAAGGCACAAGUUGCAAAAGCUUGUGAAGAGGCAAGGAAAUGGGCAAUGGAUUUAGGUGUUGAAAAUCCAGUAUGCAGAGUUGCUAUUUAUUUAUAUACAGAAAGAAAAAUAUUAGCAGGAAAUUUGGAAGCACUAGAAUAUAUUGAAAAGCACCAAACACAAUUUGGUUUAACUAAUGUGACUAAACUACCUGUAUCAGGAGCAUUCCAUACGCCACUGAUGGAACCUGCCUUGAAAUCAGUUUUUGAAGUGCUAAAUACAAUAGAAAUAAAUGAACCUCGAUGUAAAGUAUAUUCUAAUUAUAAAGUUCACCCAUAUACAAAUUUAAGGUUUAUGAAAAAGUACAUACUGAAACAAAUUGUUUCACCUGUCAAAUGGGAACAAUGUUUACAAAUGAUAUAUAACAGACCUGAUGGAACACCAUUUCCACAAACAUAUGAUAUAGGGUCACAAGGAAGAAUGAAAAGCCUUUUAAAACUAGUCAAUGCAAAAGCAUGUAGGUCAUGUGUUGUAAUUUGA